AUUCAUGACAAGCACCGGCUGAAGGAUCAUUCUGUAGAUUUCUGAAGUUAGUGCCAUCUGAUGGACUACAGCCUAGCCCUGCUCCCUGUCAACUUCUGGUUUGAACUUUAACAAAUUUCAGCAAUCCAAAGAGAAGGGGCAAUACUUCACACCUUAAUAAAGAAAGCUACCAAUGUAUAGAGAUCCAAGAUACAGGAUUUGAUGGUCGAUUUCUACAUGUCUUUGAUCAUUAUAUGCUGAACUGAAAUUCAAAUCCCAGCAAGUGACAAGUGAGUUCUCCUGCUGCAGAGAGAGGAGUGGUUGGAGACUGAAAUCCUUGACAACCACGACACGCAAAGGAGAGGAUCAGCGAAAGAGAGAAGCUCUCCGUCUUGCAGUGACUUCCUGCGGUGCACAAGUCAGUGCUAAUUGUGGGAGCUCCAACUGAUUUGACAGAGUGAACAUCAUUUCAAAUCCAUGUACUAUAGAAACCAUCAUGCCCCAGGUACAGAGGAAAGCAGCAACUGUGUCAGUAACAUUAGCCUCUUCUUCCGGAAUUGAAGGUUCUGCAUGUCCUACAAAGCUUCAGAUGUACACCAAACGUGUUCAGACAUCAUCUGUCAAUGCCCAGCAGACUCAAAGGCCAAUAUUUUCCACUUAUUCAACAGGAAAUGCUCCAGUUUUUACAAAGUGUUUGCAGGACGUCACAUCACCAAAGAGUCAGUUGGUGGUACUGGAGUGCAGAGUCCAGGGUUCCUCGCCUUUAAGUGUGCAGUGGUACAAGGAAGAAAAGUUAAUCAAGGAUUCAGCAGAUUUUCGGAUUUUAAGGAAAAAGGCAUGUUUAACUGCAGUGCCUGAAGAGGUUUGCACUCUGGUAAUUACAGAGGCUUUUCCAGAAGAUUCGGGCUUGUACAAUUGUGUUGCCACAAACAGAAAUGGCGCCACUUCAUGUUGUGGCCAGCUCACUGUAUAUUCAGAUAAUAAGGGAACUCAAGAUCAACAUUUUCAGUCCAGCUCCAGAAUACAUUCAGAUUAUUCCAUGAGGCAUCCAGGCUUUGUGAAUGAAAAGGGAGUACAAAACUCACUAAAUCACAGUAAACAUUCUUUAUUGGAGCACUCAAGGCAAAGUACAUGUACCCAGGAUAUGCCAGGAGCAAAUGCUCAAACCUUUGGAGUUCACCCUGAUGCAAACAUUACACCGAGAAAGAGAUCUCAAUCCUUGAAUCUCGUUCCUGAACUUUAUAGAUACCCCAGCUACUCUGAAAAGAAAACCAUCAAGUCACCAAGUGCCACCAGUGAUGAACAGAUACAAGGCUCCAAAAAUGCUGUCAUUCAAGACUUGGAAAGAAAAUUGCGUUGUAAGAAUGGACUUCUGCAUGAUGGACAUCAGCGAUUGACAUACGAGGAAAAGAUGGCACGCAGAUUACUGGGACCAGAGAAUGCAGCCUCUGUCCUUGACCUUCAAAAGACAGAAAAUGAGCUGAUCAGCCAGCAACAAAAUUCAUCAGAUGGCCAAAGAUGGCAGGCUCACCAAUCAUCAGCAGAAAGACAAAGGAUAAACUCCAGAGACUUUGAAAAUGAAAACGAAUCCAUCCAAGAGAAGCUCUUCCCUCCUCGCUUUUUACAGAAACCGGAUGAAAAUAUGAUAAUUCAGCAGUAUGGGCUAUGCAGAAUUGAUUGCAAGGUCAGUGGAUUGCCACCUCCAGAACUUAUGUGGUAUUUAAAUGGGCAACCUAUUGAACAGGAUAUGGGUCACAAAAUGCUUGUGUCAGGAAAAGGUGUACAUUCACUCAUUAUUGAUGCAGUCACAGCAAGUGAUGCCGGACAGUAUGAAUGUGUAGCCAUCAAUCGUGCUGGCCAGAACAGGUUUACAGUGCAUCUUGAAGUAGAAGUAAGAGGGGUAGCAAAAGCGCCAGAAUUUAUCUACAAACUCCAAAAUUCCAAAGCGACCGAAGGAGGCAAUGUCAAACUGGAAUGUCAAGUGACUGGAGAUCCACGGCCAAUAAUUUUCUUCAGAAAAGAUCAUGAAAUGAUCAAGCACAGCACAGACAGAAUCAGGAUAUACCAUACCAAUGAAGGUAAAGUUGGCAUUGAAAUUUUCCCAGUUGAGAAACGAGAUGGUGGAUGGUAUACUGUGUCUGCUCAAAAUGAAGCUGGAUCAGUAAUCUGCACAGCAAGACUGGAUAUUGCUGCUUGGCCAGUGAAACACCUUUCACACACAAAGUCAUUGAAGGUUCGACCAACUUUUACCCGUUACUCAGUACUUAAUGGGCAGGGUUUCCCGGUGAACCCCAGCUUCCAACGUACUGCAUCUUACCCUGGCUUGGUAGAAAGUGAAGACCUGUGAUGUUUUCAUACUUCAACUCAAUAUAUAGUGUUAGAUUUCAGCUUACUAUAUGUAUGUUCUAUCCGCACCUUACUGUAAACAAAGCUAUUAUUUUAUAUGUAAAUUUGAAUUGUUGUAAAAUGCAAGAAUGUUACAGUAUACAGUCAAAACAUUGCACAUUAAAGCUUCUUAUUUCAUGUUCAUUUGGUAGCAUAGCACAAAAAUAAGUCUGUUCCAUAGUACAUAUUCAAUUUAGUAAGGUCAGAACAUAAUGAAAAUUAAUUAAGCAGAAAAAAGUGUGUAUAACAUAUUUUAUGGCAUAUUGCCUCGUAUAAAAGUUUGUGGUAUUGGGUUUGAGUAAAAACAUGUUUGCAAGUUAUUUUAAAUAGAGAAAUGUAAAGAGUUUCAAGUCCAAACAACUUUAGAAGUAAAAUUAUUGCAGCAAUCUGGGAAUCGUAAAUGUGAGUUUAGAACAAAUAGCUUUUGUAGCUUGGUUAAUUUUGUAAAAAUACAGUGCUAUAAGCUAAAAGUGCAAAGCAGCAAACUACCGCAGAUAGAUGGAGCCAUCUACAGAGAACAUUACAAAGUGCACACAUGAUCAGUGUGGUGCUAUUUUAAAUGCUAUCUUAAGUACAAUGAUGAUGCCUUUUGCAAUCUCUGAUACCUAUGACUAGUGUAAGAGCACCACUUAUCUGCAUUAAAGCAUUUUUCUAUCAAUUCAGGCUCUCAAAUAAAGGAAGAGCAGGCACCGUCUUUGUUCGGCUAUACACUUAGAACUGUCUCUCUUAACACUAUACACUGAGUUUAUUAAUAUACAUUGUGAUGUGGAAAUACCUUUAACAGAGGAAUAAUAUGCUGUCCUUUAAUUUAUUGGCUUCUAUCCAAGCAAAACAUACAUUCACAGAAAUGCUAGUUUUGUGGAUGCGCAUCUUCACAUCUACCCUCAAAAAUUAUAUUUCUAAUGCAAGGAAAAUUAUCCCAUCAACAGCCAUUUCAGUUUCACCCUAACAUCAAGGUUCAAUUAGAGAAAUUAUGGUUGGUAACCGUUUUUUUAAAGAAAUUUGGAUAAAAUGUAAACUGUUAAAUUAGUUUGCAGUUCUUCAAAGAAUCUGUGUUUUUCUCGGCACUUUUAUGAAGAUGCCACAUUUUAUUUGCUGUCCAGAUCAGUAGAAACUGUAAUUAAAUAUACUUCAUGCACCAAUCUAUUUGCUGGUUUCUAUCAAUGAAAUACUUGACUGAAGUAUCAGCUCCACAGAAUACGAUAGUCAAAAGGAAGUUUCCUCACAAUUUGAUACAUUAUAAAGAUGGAAUGUUUACUGUUUUCCAGUUUUAAAUGAUUAUUGAUCAAUAAAAUAACCUGUUAUUCAAAAUAUU